UCCGCGUCGGGAGGUCUGACCUCGGCCCUCUCCCCAGGCUCGUCCCGGGACCGGUGCCUGCCGUUCCUGGUGGCCGGGCAGCGUGUGGGCUCCGUGCCCACCCCGGUUGCCCAGCGGCUCCAGGGUUACCCGGCCGUGUUCACCGUGAGCCCCGAGCCCAGGGGGCCCGGCCGCGUCGAGCUCCACCCGCAGCUGGCGUCCCAUGAGGCGCGCACGGCCGCCGUGGGGCAGGUGCUCACGGAGCUGCGGGACCUGGCGGUUUUCCCGUGUCUGCAAGAAUGGAGAGACGAGCACUAUGAGGUGAUGCCCCGGUUCUGUGACCCGCCUCUGUUCAGCAUGGAGCGUGCGGCCACAGCGCUGCUGGGGGUUCGCUGCUACGGCGCCCACCUGAACGGCUACACCCGGCGUGGGGGCCACCCCUGCAUGUGGCUGGGCCGCCGCGCCCUCACCAAGCCCACCUACCCCGGCCGGCUGGACAACCUGGUGAGGGGGGGUGCUGUGGGGGAGGGGUAAGAAGGAAUCCCUGCCCCCAUAGCAGGGGGGUGGUUCUGUGACAGCUGACUGCACCCAUGGGUCUCCCCUAGGCAGAGAACCGGGGGGUGGGGAGACAGACGUGUAUGACUCAGGGGAAAGUACCACGCCAGAGGGCCCCCGGGGGGAGGGUACCACGCCAGAGGGGCCCCGGGGGAGGGGAGGUCCACGCCGGAGGGGCCCCGGGGGAGGUACC